GGGCGAGCGGCUCGCGGUGCGGCGUCGGGCCGGCCAUGGCGAAGCGGCUGGCGGGGGGCUCGGGGGCUGCUCCCCCGGCGGAGGACUUCUCCUUCGUCAGCCCCCUGGUCAAGUACCUGCUCUUCUUCUUCAACAUGAUCUUCUGGAUGAUUUCCAUGGUGAUGGUGGCAGUUGGAAUCUACGCCCGGCUGAUGAAACAUGCAGAAGCGGCCAUGGCUUGCCUCGCUGUCGACCCGGCCAUCCUGCUCAUCGUGGUGGGCGUUCUGAUAUUCUUCAUCACCUUCUGUGGCUGCAUCGGCUCUCUGCGCGAGAACAUUUGCCUGCUACAGACGUUCUCGGUCUGCCUGACGGUCAUCUUCCUGCUCCAGUUGGUGGCCGGAGUCCUGGGCUUCAUCUUCUCGGACAAGGCCCGCGGGAAAGUGAGCGAGAUUGUCAGCAACGCCAUCGUGCAUUACCGGGAUGACCUGGACCUCCAGAACCUGAUCGACUUCGGCCAGAAGGAGUUCAGCUGCUGUGGAGGCGUCUCUUACAAAGACUGGUCCCAAAACAUGUACUUCAACUGCACGGCCCACAAUCCCAGCCGGGAACGCUGCUCUGUGCCUUACUCCUGCUGCCUGCAAGCCGAAGACCAGUCGGUCAUCAACACCCUGUGUGGCCAGGGCAUGCAGGCCCUCGACUACCUGGAGGCGGGUGAGUUCAUCUACACCAACGGUUGCAUCGACAAGCUGGUGAACUGGAUCCACAGCAACCUCUUCCUGCUGGGCGGGGUGGCCCUGGGCAUGGCCAUUCCGCAGCUGAUAGGAAUCCUGCUCUCCCAGGUCCUCGUCAACCAGAUCCGAGACCAGAUCAAGCUCCAGUUGUACAAUCAGCAGCACCGCGCAGAUCCCUGGUACUGACCGGACUUCUUCGCUCAGAGGCU